GUUUUUUCACAUCUAUCCUUUCAAGCAUGCUUCAGCAACAAACCGCCGCUCGUCUCGUCUCUCUCGUAAACGCAACGAAGAUCCUUAAGAUCAUACCUCAGAGGUCCUUUGGCUUAGCCUCUGCUUCUACCUCGACUGCCACUUCAACAACCGGAGGAUUAUUUCAUGACGGCGCUAAUCUUUCAUGGAAAACAACCAUGGAAACGCCCACCAGUAGACAUGAUUUUGGCAAGGCAUCCGUACAGCAGCAGCUCAAGCUCUUUUCGUCCUCCUCUCACCGCUUUCCGCUUUCGCCACCCAUGGCCUCACCACCACCAGCAACGAUACGCGCAGGUGCUCUUCAUGGCCAUGCCAUUAGAAGAUUUUCACAGCGUGCGAAUUUCUGGAUUGGAAACAAUGCAGCCAAAGCCUGCCUCUCUCGCUCCAGAACCAUCCAGCAGCAGCUCAGAUCCUAUGCUCAGUAUCGCGUCACAAGAAGGAGACCUAUCCGGCUCAUCUUCAAGAUGAUGGCUGCUUCGACUGCCCUUGUUGCUAUUCCCGCCAUCUUGCUCUUUGGAGCGCCAAUUGCGAGUAUUGUCUUCAUUCCCAUUGCUAUCGGAGGCAUCUUUGGAGGCGCAAUUCUGCUUACAGGAGGGAUCCUGUUCUUUGUCUUACCCGUCGUUGCUGUCGGAGGCGCACUCACCUUCUGGCUGUACGCCAUGCCCGCCGCUGUCACGGCCAAGGACCUGAACAAGAUCCUGAAGCGCGCAAAGAGCGGGGAAACCGUAUCAGCUUUGAGUGCAUUGGGACAAGACUGGGAGCUCCAAAGAGCAAAGCCGGAUGAAUGGUUCAGAUGGGAGUUUCCUCACAAUGAGAAUUCGCUUGAUAGGAUCAGCAUCCGCAUGGCAGUUUUUGACCCCAACGACAGCAGUGCGCGCAAGCAAAGGACGAUGAAGUGGUUGGAUAACAUCGAGACGAAUGUGGACGAAAACAACAUCGCCAAGUGGGAGGUGGAGGCGGGCGAGGAUGGCGAGAUUGUUAGGAGGGUCACGAAAUCGUCGAAGCACUUUGAGGUCCACAACAACUCUGAUAAGCUGGACAUCGAGAGUUUGUACAUCAACCGAGACAACGAUCACCUAAUAAUCGAGAUCAAGGAUGAUGGCGAAAAACUGUUGAAACAAAAGUGGGGCAAGAAAUACCUAGAGUUGGCCAAGGUUAUUGACCAGGCUGCAUCUGAGCUAGAAAUGGAGGGCCAUGAUCUGGGCGAGCAGGUCGUAUUGGUCCGCAAGGACAAGGGAAGGUCAUUCUGGAACAAGUUCUCACUCGGUGGCGAUAUCGCUCUCCGCAUCCCUUUCAACCGUACUUGGGUCCAUGAUGUCACGGACGAAUAACCGGCCGGUAUCCUUCAGACCAGCACCACCAACUUCAAGUUCAUUUUCCUCGCACUCGCAGCUUUUCUUGAUGGGCUGAUUUGACCAUGUAAAAUACAGU